UCAACCGCCGCAGCCGCUGCUGUGUGCCUGUGCCCGUCUUCCUCUGAACCUGGAGCCUGGCCCUGGCCCGGAAGUCCGGCUAGCGGGCCUGGUGUCUCCCCAGCGCGGGUGUGCGGGUCUGCGGAAGGGGAGGCGACCGGCGGGUCCCCGGGCCUCGGGGAACCGUGUUUUCUCGGCCUCCCGGCGCGACGCCCUCUCCGGACCCAGCAUGUAGGUGCCGGGCGGCUGCCAUGAACCCCGGAGCCAUGAGGAUCCACAGCAAAGGCUAUGUCCAGGGUGGAAUCCAACUCAAAAAUGAAAAGAACAGACCAUCUUUGAAAUCUCUGAAAACUCUUAACAAACCAGAAAAAUCCAAAUGUAAGCCACUUUGGGGAAAGAUAUUUUACAUCGACUUACCAUCUGUCACCAUUUCUGAAAAACUGCAAAAGGACAUUAAGGAUCUAGGAGGGCGAGUUGAAGAAUUUCUCAGCAAAGAUAUCAGUUAUCUUAUUUCAAAUAAAAAGGAAGCUAAAUUUGCCCAAACCUUUGGACAGAUUUCUCCUGUACCAAGUCCAGAAUCUGCAUAUACUGCAGAAACCACUUCACCUCAUCCCAGCCAUGAUGGAAGUUCAUUUAAGUCUCCAGAUUCAGUGUGUUUGAGCAGAGGAAAAUUAUUAGCUGAAAAAGCUAUCAAGGAUCAUGAUUUUAUUCCUUCAAAUAGUAUAUUGUCAAAUGCCUUAUCGUGGGGAGUAAAAAUUAUUCAUAUUGAUGACAUAAGAUACUACAUUGAACAAAAGAAAAAGGAAUUGUGUUUACUCAAGAAAUCAAGCACUGCUAUAAGAGAUUUGGGGAAAAGAGUAGGUGUUGGCAUACAGAAAACAAGAAGUAGACUCAAAAAGCCUUUUCUAAAGGUGGAAGAUAUGAGCCAACUUUAUAGACCAUUUUAUCUUCAACUGACCAAUAUGCCUUAUAUAAAUUACUCUAUUCAGAAGCCUUCCAGUCCAUUUGAUAUAGAUAAGCCAUCUAACAUCCAAAAGCAAACUCAGGUUAAACUAAGAAUCCAAAUGGAUGGCGAUAAAUGUGAUGGAAUCCCAACUCAACUCCAAUUGAAAGAAAAGAAAAAAAAAGGAUAUUGUGAAUGUUGCUUGCAAAAAUAUGAAGAUCUCGAAACUCAUCUCUUAACUGAGCAACACAGAAAUUUUGCACAGAGUAAUCACUAUCAAGUUGUUGAUAACAUUGUAUCUAAGUUAGUUUUUGAAUUUGUGGAACAUGAAAGGGACAUGCCUGAAAAGAAAAGAUUAAAAUACAGCGUUGGAUCCCUUUCUCCUAUUACUGCAAAUAUCCUGAAAAAGUUUGAACCAAAAGAAAAGCUAGAAUUGCAACCUAUUUCUCAGAAAGACUUCAGGGAAAAUAACGUACAGGUGAUCAAGCGGAGUUUUCUAUAUAAAGAAACCCAGCAACCUGAAGAGGAGCUUGUGUUUAUUUCAGAGCACAUCUCUAGCCCUUCAGAUGAAUUGAGAGGACUUGUUGAGAAAACAAAUCAAUAUUCCACGUUAAAUCCAGCUGAAAAUGACAUAAAACAAAAUUUUACACAUCUAUUUCCAGGUAAAAAUGGACAGGGAUGCAUUCUUGAUAUUUCUAAACAUAAAUUAAUUAUAAAUGAAAACAACUUGGAAGAAAUAAGAACAGAUCAUUGUCUGUGUAGGCUACAGACAUCUAUACAAGUUUCUAAUUUCAAUAUAGAUAAUAGUGCAUCUCAACCAAAACAAAAAUCAGAUGUUGUGCUUUUUCCAGCAAAGGAUCUGAAGGAAAAGGACCUUCAUUUAAUAUGUCAUGAUUAUGGUCUGUCGGCAGUGAACAGUUCACAGGAGCACCGAACUAUUCAGGCAAACACUCCAUCCCGAAGUUGUCUUGGGGAACCCAAUGAAUGUGACAUCAAGAAUAUGGAUAGCUUACCUUCUGGUAAAAUCUGUCGGAAAGUGAAAAUAUUAUUACGAAGAAAUAAAAAAGAAAAUCUGGAACCAAAUGUGGAUUUAGAUAAGAAAAGAACUGAAUGUCUUAUUACACAAGAGGAAAACAGAAUUUGUAGUUCACAAUCUCUACUAGACUUAUUUCAGACUAGUGAAGAGACAUCAGAAUUUUUCGGUUUCACAAGCUACACCGAAAAUGGUGGAAUAUGUGAUGGUUUUGAUAUUUGGAGGGAGGAUGAUUCAAAUCUUUCAUCACUGUUUUCCUCUUUCCCUUCAAAUUCUACAUUUACUGGCUUUUAGAUUUUAAAAAAAUAAAUUUAAAAGGGAUAAAAAUCAUACUGAAAUUUUUAUAAAUAUGUAUAGAAAUUCUUAGGUGGUUGUGUUUUUUUUUUGCCAACUUUGUUUACAGAACCAAAUGUAAAUGUUAACAAUAAAGGUAAUAUUUACAUUUUUA